CCCUAUGGUUAUAAUUAUUCCGGAUAUAAUAACGCUCCGACGUCUGGGGCUACUGAUUCAUCUAGUGAUUCUGUGCAGAAUCCCCCGCCUCCUGGUCUAGCCUCCGAUGGUUCCACGGCUCCGGUUGCACCUACUUCUCCCCCUUCAGUCGCUCAGCCAAGCAACGUUCCUUGUAGUGUAUAUACUGUUCCUCGAUAUCCUGCAUCGCAGUAUGGGAAUGACCCCGCCUUGGAUGCUGCACAAAGAUGGAAUGCUAUGAACUGUUCCUACUGGGGCUAUCAGUCUCCGGUGAAUAUGGGCGUAGGUGUGUCUGCCACACCUUACUUUGCAACAUCUGGUCCACGGUUCCCUGGUCAGAGUGGUUUGAACUCUCCUGGAAGUAAUACUUUGAAUUUUCAACAAACUCCGAAUGGAACUCCCUACUCGGUAUACCCAGGUCCAAAACCUCAAAGCCCGAGCACACCAGUGGUCAAUAAACCAAAAACACUCUCAGAUUCUGCUGGUGGUGAGAGUAGGUGGAGUCCUGAGCUGAAUGCGGACACACCUAUCGAAAAGGAUCAAAUGGAGAGAAUCCUACGCGAAAAACUCGAGUAUGUUUUUCGCAACAAAAUCGUCGUCGACUGGUCAAAGGAACCUAUUCCGGUUAUACCUAGCAAGUCUCUAGCUGCUAUUCAAGCCGCCGCAAACAACUCAUCAAUCAAUGUGGUUCGGCCGGUUUCAUUACAACCCCGGCGACCGCGUGGUCGACUUUCCGGACAUUUGCCGACCGGUACAUUGGCUAGGAAUCAGCUGACCUCAGGGCUUUCUGUCAAGUCUGAAGUCCUUGCGAAACCCACCCAUGCCGUUUCAUCACUAAGCUCUAACAGUCGAACCACAGAUUCAGAGGCUCUGAAGACCACUGAGCCAUCCAAAAGAAAAAGACCCUCAGUGGAUCGUAGUAGGUCUUUGUCGUCGUCGUCUUCAUCACCAAACAGAAACGACGUUCGCCACCAAAAACGCGGAGAUAAAAGAAAAUGGCAACAAUCUUCUACCAGACGAAGUUGUAAAGGUCGGAAGCUUCGUCGAAUGCCCAGUACAGACAAUGAUCACUUAGCAAACGACCGAGCCAACACAGACGAAUCGGAUACCACAACGUUAUCAUCCUCUCAGGGAGGCUCUCCAAAGUGCCAACGUGAUGGGAAUAAAAAGCGAAGUGGUUGGGAUCGUCGUAAAAGUUCAACUAACAACUCUUCACCUUCUAAUCCAACCCCUUCCGCAACAAGUCGUGGAGGAAGACGAGGCGCUUCAAACGCUGCUCGUGGUCGUGGCGACAAAUCCGCUACUAAUGCACGCUGGGCUGCUCCUGAAACAACACAACAUCGGCUGAGUCAACGUGCUGAUCGUUUCAAGGACCAUCUGGGUGCAGGAUCUAUUGCAAAGUCUACUAGCCAGUUGAGUCUGCUCGCCAGUGUCGAUGAUACGGAUCUAAUGUCUGAGCAGCUGGAACAAUUCAGCAUCGUUGGCACCAUGCAGGAGCUUGAGAAACCAUACUUGCGCUUAACAACGAUUCCAAUAUUUAUUAAUUCCGAGUUUUUACCUCAGGCUCCAGAUCCGGCCAACGUCCGACCACCAGAGGUUUUAGAAAAGGCCCUUGUUCACGUCAAGCAGCGGUGGAAGGAACGUGGUGACUACUUAUGGGUGUGUGAACAGCUCAAGAGCAUUCGUCAGGAUCUUACUGUUCAGCGUGUCCAAACGGAGAUGACGGCAGAAGUAUAUGAAGCUCAUGCGGUCAUCGCCCUUGAAGCCGGUGAUUCCCAAGAGUUUCAUCAAUGUCAAUCCCAGCUUUCUUUACUCCACGCCGAAGGCUUCGGCUCAACUCGCCGUCUAGAAUUCACGGCCUACCGUCUUCUUUAUUAUAUUUUCACUCAGGACUACUUAGGUAGGACUGUAUACUUGACACUUUUACUUCCGCAGUAUCGAAUUUGCGAAGGAAAAUUUUUCAGCAGUUUUUUUUUCUUUUUAGGUAUUAGUACGCUGCUUGCGUCCUUAAAAAGUGCACAGAAGGCAAACCCUUACAUUCGAUUCGCUCUACAAGUUCGUGAAGCCUGGGCUCUUCACAAUUAUAAACGCUUUUUCCACCUUGUUUGCAGUUCUGACGCUGUGGCCCUCCUUGAAACCGAAGAAGGCCAACUGCGUGGUUGCCGACAGGUCCUAGCUUGGUCUCUUGACAGAGAGCGAAAAAAAGCCCUUAAGACCAUCCUUAAGGCGUGCGUAAUCUCCUAUGGGCCCUAUGAAAGUUAUCGUCCAACAUUGAGUUUGGACUUUAUCACCGAAAUCCUGGGUUUUGAGAGUCUCAAGUCGUGUGCUGAGUUCAUGACUCAAGAGCUAGGUGUACCCGUCACCAGCGUGGAAAGUGUUGAAAAAUUAGACUGUAAGAUGAUUUGGUCCCAAUUGUGCAAAUCGGGUGUUGCAGCCGCGGACAACCACUAG